GGUAAAAUAAAAUGACGAGCCAUGGAAGCUAAUGUGAGAAACAACGUGAAGGGCUUCAGGAGGAGUAAAGAAGACAAGAAAGUGCUUCGAAAACAGAUAAAAGCCAGUCACACUUUGCUGAAACAUGAAGGCAUCAGUACAGCAUCGCAACCUACCAAGAGUUUGGUGGUGGCUAACGGCGGCCUGGGGAACGGCGUUAGUCGAGAGGAGCUGUCUGCAGCGCUGAAAGAGAUGGGAGAGCUGGAGACGCUGAUCAUGCACCCUCACAAGCCCUACGCCUUUGUCACAUACAGAUCUGAAGAGAGUGCUGGGAAAGCUCACGACCACCUCAACGGCCAAAAGCUGCAAUGCGAAGAGACCAGUGUCACACUCUACCUCAGUUAUGUCGACUCAGUAACCUGUGAAGAGGAGGCGCCCGUUCCUUUGCCAGAGGGAUUGGUCUUGGUGGAGGAUUUUGUGUCUCCAGAGGAAGAGACUCUGUUGCUCGCUGCCAUCGACUGGUCGUCCAGUAAUGAUGACAUCACUGCUCCAAGAGCUCUGAAGCAUAGAAGAGUUAAGCAUUAUGGCUUUGAAUUUCGCUACGACAACAACAAUGUGGAUAAGGACAAACCGUUACCUGCAGGUAUUCCUCAGGAGUGUCUACCUGUUCUUGAGCGGUGUGUGAAGAACAAACACAUCGACAUCAUACCAGACCAGCUGACUGUCAACCAGUAUGAGUCCGGACAGGGUAUUCCUCCUCACGUGGACACUCACUCUGCCUUUGAGGACACCAUCAUGUCGCUGAGCCUGGGGGCACAGACGGUGAUGGAGUUCCGUCACCCUGAUGGUCGUCUUGCUGCCGUGGUGUUGCCUGGAAGGAGCCUCCUGGUGAUGAAGGCAGAGAGCCGAUACCUCUGGACACAUGGGAUUACUCCUCGGAAGUUUGACAUUGUGCCAGCCUGCGACCCACAAUCCCCUGCUCAUACAACGCCUGACCACGGGACGCACAGCAAUCUGACUUUGAGCAAGAGGGGCACACGCACUUCUUUCACUUUCCGCAAGAUCAGACAUGAACCCUGCCGCUGUGCCUUCCCCUCUGUCUGUGACAGUCAAGGAGCUCCCUCAGCACCCUCGGACUCCCCGCCGUCUCCUCCCUCACUACCCCGUUGUCAUGACGAUGCAGCCCGUCUGGAGGAGGAGUACGUGCACCGGGUGUACGACGCCAUUGCCUCCCACUUCAGCAGCACUCGCCACUCCCCGUGGCCUCGCGUUUGCCACUUCCUGUCCUCGCUCCCCCCUGGCGGCGUGCUGGCUGAUGUGGGCUGUGGAAAUGGGAAAUAUCUGGGUGUCAACCCAGAGGUGAUUGCAGUUGGUUGUGACCAUAGCAGUGCUCUCGUCCAAAUCUGUGCAGAGAGGGGUUUCCAGGCGUUCGUAUCUGAUGCUCUGUGUGUUCCUCUGCGGACAGCCUCCUGUGAUGCCUGCAUCUCCAUAGCUGUCAUACACCACUUUUCCACACAGGAGCGUCGGCUGGCAGCAGUGAGGGAGCUGGUGAGACUUUUGAAGCCCGGAGGUCGAGCGCUUAUCUAUGUUUGGGCUUUUGAACAAGAGUACAACAAGCAGAGGUCCAAGUACCUCAGAGACCAGAACAAAGAGCACCCUGAGAGCAACAGCCCCACUGAAAACACAUCAGAAGACAGCCAGCAACCUUAUGGGAAAUCAAGUAUCCAUACCAGCAGACAUUUAAGAGACAAUUGCACACCUGUAGACAACCUACAGGAUGUUAGCAAAGUGACUGACGGCAAACUUAGUGUGCACACCAACCGCACAGCCUUCAACACCCAGGACCUUUUGGUUCCCUGGCAUCUGAAAGAGGGGAAAAGACGAGGCGAGGAAGAAUCGGGAGAGGGAGGGAAGAAGGAUAAAAGGAAAGAGAAGUCCAAAAAGAUUUUGGGUAACUCCACAGCAAGACAAGACUGUAACCCUGACCCCAGUUCAGGUAUUGACUCCAACACUGUAUCAGGUCUUGACAGCAGUGAUGCCACACACAGCCCAGACUCUAAACCCGGUCCAAGAUGCGGCACCGCUCAGACCUCCAGUUCUACUCUAAAGUCAGAGUCUGAGAGCAGCCCAGCACCUGUUUUUCACCGCUAUUACCAUGUGUUCCAGCAGGGGGAGCUGGAGCAGCUCUGUGGUCAAGUAGCAGGAGUCAAAGUGCAGAGCAGCUACCAUGACCAGGGAAACUGGUGUGUUAUAUUAGAGAAGGACUGACUCAAAAAUACACAUUUCAGUAAUAUAUAAAUUCUGCAAUGAACCAAGAGAGUUAAGGCAAUGUUACCACAGACUCAUUUUAAUAAUCCUUCAUUUGUUUAAAUGCAGAAGAGAAAAGUGGCAUGAAAUAAACAAAGAUUUUACAAAAUG